UUGCGAUGGCAUCCCAUUACCAACGAUAGACGCCUAGCAACCCAGUGGGUUGCUGAUGUACUCUCCAAAAAUCCCUCUGCUGCUGCAACAUGGAUAUUCGUUGAAGCCCUCCUCGAGAAUGCCGGCAUACACGCCAGGUACGGCUACAGAAUUACCAAGAGGAACCUACGUGCUCAAGAGAGCAACGGUAACAGCAGUCGACAAAUGAAGGUGACCAUUGGACAUACAAAUAUCCUCGUCAUCCGCUACAUACCCGAAGGAAGCAACCGACAGGUAGCUAUGGAUUAUCUGCGCAAGUCUAUGAACGCUCUGGGCAGAUUCCCCACUGGUAUUCUCAUGUACGCAAACCGCUUCGAGGCAUAUCAGUGGAGCAGCGAGUGUUCAGGCGCCAGGUUGUACUGCAUGGGCAAGACAGACCUGUUUCAGCAGUGCGAUCAAAUCAUGGACUAUUUGGUUAGGACUGCGCAGACCCACACUUGA